AUAGACAACUUGUGCAAAUAGCUGCUGAGGUUGCUAGGAUGUUUAACAUUAGCUCAGAGAUGAAUGUCAAUUCUGGUCUGCUCAACCAAACAAGCUCUAAGAACAAUUCAGCAUCCAUUGUUAAGACAUCUUAAGUGCAAAAUGCAUAGCUGGAAUUCUGUAUUAAUCUUUGUUUUGGGAUUUUGAAAAGGUCCUACAAUAUAUUUUCUAUCAGGCAACAACAUACAGUACUUGACCAAUGUGCUGCCAAAUCACAGUUCUGCUAAACAAACCAGUUACACGCGUUACUGCAUCAGCAACAAUGCUCAUCGAUCAAGGGAGAGACAGACAGACAAACAGAAAGACAGUUUCCCUCAACUUUGUCCCAUGUUCCGUGACAAACACCAUUUUAGAGAGCAUUUUAAGGGGUUCCUGGUGGACAGAUAAGUGCAAUUUCAAAGGGCUGAUUCAUCAAGCAUCUGUUUUUAACAGCAUCUUAUUUAGCAGAAGUAGCGUGAUGAGUGAGGACAGUUUUAAUGUGUAGAGCUUGAUGAGAGUGCAUAGCAGGAGCUCUUUCAUGGCCAUGUGUCACGACCGCUGUUUACGGCCUUUGAAUGUGGUAAUGAUGCCUCUUCCCCUGGACUGUGGCUGACAUUUUUGUUGCUCUCCUUUAUAGGUGUCAGUGAAGCCUUUACCCCAAAGCUGGUGUUGGUUACUGCAGACACACCCUGUGGAUAGCGGAACCCAUUUGUAGUCACAUAAUCACCACAACUGGAGACCAGAAAUGGAGAACAGAACAUCAGGAAUGAGCGAGGGCCUCCAUGUGAACUGCAGUAUGUCUGGAAGACACAACUUCAUCUUCACCUUUAUCCCCGUCGUCUACGGAUGCAAUUUCGUCAUCGGGAUCAUUGGCAAUAGCAUGGUGGUGGCUGUCAUCUACCGCUACAUGAAGUUGAAGACAGUAGCGAACGUGUUUGUGCUCAAUCUAGCCAUAUCAGACCUCACCUUCCUUAUUACGCUACCUUUGUGGGCCACUUUCACAGCUACCGGUUACCAUUGGCCGUUUGGGACCUUCCUGUGCAAGGCAAGUGCCGGAUUGGUCAUCUUCAACCUCUAUACUAGCAUAUUCUUCCUCACCGCUCUUAGCAUUGAUCGAUAUCUUGCUAUCGUACAUCCAGUGCGCUCCAGACGCCAACGCACACUUUUCUACGCCAACCUCACGUGUGUACUCAUAUGGCUGUUUGCCUUGUUCCUCAGUGCACCUACAGCGUUAAGCCGGGAUGUGUACGACAUUGGGAACUCUACAUUGUGCGCCGUGUGGCACCGCAGUGAGCAGAUUAACUUGCUAGUUACCCUUAGCGUGCUAAAAAGCGUGCUAGGUUUCCUUGUGCCUUUCCUCGUCAUCAUCACCUGCUAUUGUCUGAUCGGUCGGGCACUUUUGGGUUCCAGGGGUCUGUUGAGGAAAAGCGUUCGCUCUCGGGAAGACGAAACUCUUCGUAUGAUAGCCGCUACUGUGCUAGCUUUCUUUGUCUGUUGGGCUCCUCACCAAGCUUUCCACUUCAUGGAGCUGCUGGCCACGCUUGGCGUAGUGGAAAACUGCCAAACACUGGAUGUUAUUGACACAGCCAUGCCUGUUACCAUCUGCAUCUCCUAUUUAAACAGUUGUGCAAACCCCAUUCUUUAUGGGUUUGUUGGACACAACUUUCGCAAGAACCUACUGAGGUUACUAGGCUGUGGGUCUGGACAAUCUAGCAAUAACUUUAGCAUUAGCUCAAAGCUGAACGUCAACUCCCAUUGUACCUCUGGUCUGCUCAACCCAACAAGCUCCAAGAACGAUUCAACAUCCACUGUUAAAACAUCUUAAGUAUUUUGUACUCAUCUACACUGAACAUUCAAA